AUGGAACAGCAACAGACCAGCCAGCAGGCUCCUGUAGAGGAAGCGGAAGAAGACUCUAUCGAACAAAUCGAUGCCAAGGAUUAUCCAGAACUUUAUCCCGAAUUGCAGUCGGAAGAAGAUGCUGCGGUCGAUACCGAAUGGUUUGUGGAUCCUGAAUUCGAAUCACAGAUCUCAGAAACAGAUUUCGUCCCAUUAUGGCAGCGACGUGCGGUGGGUGAUCAUUUGCAAGAACGUUCGGCGAUGGAAGACAUCUCAAAGGAGCUGAUGGCUUCGGGACAAAUCACGGCGGAUGUCAUCAAGGAAUUGUUGACCGAAAGUAAAAUGGAUAAUGUCACUGUUUUGGAUCUGCGAGAAAAGUGCGAUUGGACAGACUAUAUGAUCAUUGCUGAAAGCGCAAAAGGAGAUCGCUUUCUCAGCAGUGUAGCUGAAAAUCUCGGAGGAGUGGUACGUAAGGCGAUACGAUCCAAUCCCGAGAAGUUUCCUACCCAAGCGUUGCCUCAUAUUGAAGGACGCGACGAUGAUUCUGGAUGGUUGUUGAUUGAUUUGGGACGAUUUAUCGUGCAUUUAUUCACACCAGAGAUCCGACAAAAGUACGAUCUUGAAGGAUUAUGGAAGGCUGUUCCCACCGAUCCUUCUUUGCCCAUGCCUGACCAAGAGUAAUUUUUCAGCAUAGACGUUUCUUACUGUAGCAUUUGAACAACACUUUCUGUAUUUGUUUCCUAUUAUCUCGCAUUAAAAUUUGACCUUAUUUCUUGUUUGUUUCUAGUCAAGAUCAACAUGUCUCCCCGAGAAAAUUUUGUCUUCUUUGGUCAAUCCCGGGACCCUCAAUUAAAAAAAGGACGUUCAAUCUAAAUACAUUUCAUGUUCUGUACAGUUCUGAGAAUGCAAUUCAUGGGAUGCAAGCAAGUCUUUGAAUCAAUUGGAG